UUUAGACCACCCUAACCUAACCUGGGUCACCAUUUGAGGUCUGGCUCAAAUGCAUUGCCCUUCUUGUUUUUCAUUGCAAUCUUCAUUUGCACGAUGUGUACUAUUCUUUCCAUAUCCUUCCUUUUCCCGCACUCCCUCGCAGUGGUUCAGGUCCCUGCUGUACCGCUGGUUGUCUAGCCGGCGGUUCCUUCCCCUCCCGUCCCGCCUACAAUUGGCUUUACAAAAUCCGCUCCAGUAUAGAUGUGAGGAGAUCACAAGGAUAAUAGAUGAACUGGGCACAAAAGAGCUCCAAAAUGCACUCCCUCUUUUGUUGGCUGACCUUUUUGGAGUGUCCAGUCAAAGUCUCUCAAAUGCAAACACCACUUCUUCCGGAGGUUGGGGGCUGAGGAUACGGACUGUUAUGCAGUCCAAUGAGUUCACUGAUUACAAUGUACUCUACCAGUUCUUGCACCCUCAAGGGCCACUUUUUAGACUUCUUUACAAACUUCUUCAAGACUGCCAUUUGAAAUAUGAGUUUCCUCUCCAAUGGUUACCGGCUCGGAUCAAGCAUUUAAUCUUAAGAGGAAUGGUUCCUCCAUUUUAUUUGGAUAAAUUGCAGCUUGACCCUCAAACAAAAACACCCACAAGUCUAGCUCUAAAUUCUUUUGAACUCUACAUUUUUCACUUUGCCUAUCAUCUUGUCAACCCAGAGCUACAGAGAGUUCACAUGAAUGCUUGGCUCUAUUCUGAUUCAUUGUAUUUAAAUUUGACUGAGGCAUAUUUGAGUGAACUGCUGCCUUGUGAUCGUUCCACUGUUCUACCUGCUGUACCAUUCAAUUUUGGAGUCAUGCAAAGCUAUAGUGCAUCUUUUGGUCCUUAUGGAACUCUGCAGCGUAUCCCAAAUUUACAUUCAACAUCAAGAUCUGCCCACACUCCUCAUUUACUUAGACAGUCUGUGAUUCAACAAGGCAGCAGCUCAGGGUCACUCCAUUCUUCACCUGCCACUGCAGUUACAAGCACAAGAACAGAAAUUUGGCGCAGUGAAACUGUAGCCCAAGUAUUUGUUGAUUUUUGGUUAAGCCAUGGAGAGGGCGAAAUUGGCCCUGUCUUUGGUGCAAGUGGUUCUCCUCAAAGGCAAUAUCCUGUAGAUCACAACAUAUCUCAUCAUUAUUUUCAAAUGGAGCAACUUCGAAUUUUUAAGUUGCCUCUGAAGUAUCCUGAGCUGCUGCCAACAGGUGAACAUAUUCGAGUCGUCCGGAAUCUUAUAAAACAUCUGCACUACUUUUCAAAUAGUGUAACUGGUGACCAAAGUGCUAUGGAUGAGUUAAGAAGGAUUAUUGGACCAUCUAGUCAGGCAAAAAUAUAUGGUUUUCUUCGUCGAACCAUUCACCAUUGGCCUUUGGAUAGUUCAUUUCGUUUCAUCUUGGAAACUUGGUUAAGCUAUAUACAACCAUGGAGAUACACAGAUCACCGCUAUCAGAGCAAUUUACCUGCUGGUAGGAGCUCAGGGAUGGACCUAGGUGACCCUGACUUAAGGAAUGGUAGAAAUGCAGGACAAGAGAGGAAAGAAGUUGACCGCCGUUGGAUAUCCUUCAUAGCAGAAAACCUUCUUAGUUAUACAGUGAUAUUUCAAGAGAUGAUUCCCCGCUUUGCAAGGCUUGAUCUAUCUACUCCAAAAAAUGCAAACAUGCUAUUUAGGGUCUCAAAGGUUUUUUCACAACCCAAUUUGGCUGAGCUCAUUCAAGAAGUGGAAAGCUGUUUGGAUGAUUUAUUGGGCUCCGUCAGCCCCCAGAAGCGUUCAGCCAUGUCCUCAGACCAUCCUCUCGGAGGACUUGCGGCACAUCAAGCCACAAAAUGGAGUGCCAUUGUAAGACAGCAAAUUCAAGAUUUAGAAUCACCAGGUUUCCAAUACAAACCCAUGUUUGGAUCUGCAGUUAGGUCACAGGUUGUUGGUCUGAUGAUAAUUGUUCAGCAAGCUCAUGCUGCAGCAAUAAGCACACAGAGAGCACUGGAAGAAGAAGCUACCUUGCGUUCACAUUCUCGAUCUUUUCUCUCAGUCAUCAAAGACAUGUUACUUCUCUCAGACCAUUCCUCCAAUGAUGAGUACUCUCCUGAAGAGCGACUGAAAGUAUUAACUUUCCUCAAUACAGCCAUAUCUCAGUUCUCGGAUAUUUUUAAGAUCAACAAUACCGAAAUCAUGAAUUCCAACAAUAUGUCAAUUAGUAAUCCAGAUAUUCAAUCAAAUGGUGAUGUAACUGACUAUGGAACUCCUACAACAAGUCGCACAAUUACUUAUCGAGGUCAACAAUCUCAAAUGAACAUGACACCCUUGGCUGGUGAAGCUCUCACGUCAACUCCACAACAGUGGCGGCAACGCAGUAUGAAUUUACAAUAUGAAGGGGACCCAGAUCUCAUCCCAAUUCGUAGUGAUGAAAGUGAAUUCUUGGUUAGACUACUCUAUCAGGUGGCAUCCAAACUAAAUGAAAUGUACUGCAGUGAAAUGGCACGCCUUUACCAUAGAGAGGAUGUAUGGGGUCGGGUAGCUCGCCAAAUUUUAUCUGCUCCUAUGACUGUGUAUCGGUAUGACAAGAGAUCACCAGGAAGCUUCUCUCCAAGAGUGGGAUCAGCAUUGCCUCCUCGUCUCAGCCUACGGCCACUUGCACGAUACAGAAAUCUAGCAAUGAUUGCUAUGCUCUAUAUUGUUGCCUUAGUUUGUAAUGCCCCACCUUAUGCUGUUUUGUGCUCAGCAAUUCUAUUCUGGGGUGUUUUGGUCACAGUUAAAGCAGUUAUUGAACCAUGGGGAUCAACAAGGCCUUCUCAACCCAGAUUUAGUGAUAGAUUAAAUGAUAGUCUUGCAGAUCAGUCCUUCUGAGAAAUUUAUCAUGUAAACAUUUCCACAUUUUAUACAGAAUUUUAUUUAACAAUUAU